AUGGUGUCAAAUAGUCCUAGAUACUCAGAAGAGUCAGCACGACCAGAACAUCAUGCAAUGUAUGAUCCUACAGUAUUUCAGAUUAAUCGUAGAUUCAGAAUUAAAUUAUCCCAGUUGAAGUAUUUCACAUUCACAAUAAUAGGUAUAGCAUUAUUAUGGCCAUGGAAUUGUUUUUUAUCUGCAUCUGCAUUUUAUUCCGAACGGUUUGAACAUUCACCACAGUUAGUUAGAAUAUACUCGUCGACAAUGAUGUCCGUAUCGACGAUAACGUCGGCAUUAUACAAUUAUUACUUAUCUCAAGUACAGGUGGGAGUGAAUUACAACCAUAGGGUUAAUGUUGGGUUUUCUAUGACAAUUGGGGUUUUCAUCAUUAUGGCAUUCUCAUGCGUUUUGAAUGUCUUCAUUACGAUGGACGACUACCUAUUUUUUACAGGGUUGAUGAUUAUGGUGUUCAUAUCUGCUGCUGCAACGUGCCUAGCUCAGAAUGGUACAAUGGCUACCGUUAAUGUCAUGGGUAGUUUAUAUGCCAAUGGGGUAAUGGUUGGACAGGCAAUUGCUGGUGUAUUACCGUCAAGUGCAUUAAUUAUAUCAAUAUUAAUCGUUGGAGACAAAAAAGCAGAUGCAGACAAGGAGAACCAAUACAUGGAUAAGAAUUAUGGAGUUUUCAUUUACUACAUCACAGCAAGUUUGAUAGCUGUGCUUUCAAUAUCAUUAUUAUAUUUCACUAAUCACUAUAAGAUAGAAAGUACUUACAAAACGUUAAAUCAUAUGGUCGAGGAACAACAGCCAUUGAAUAGCUCUGAUGACGACUCGGAAGGAGAACCAGAGGUAACACAAAAAAAAUACGUUCCAUUUAUGGUUUUAUGGUCAAAAUUGAAGUUAAUUGUGCUGACUAUUUUCUUAACUUUUGGCAUAACCUUAAUAUUCCCAGUUUUUGCGUCUACUGUUGAAUCAGUCCAUAAGGAUUCGGACCAUACUUUAUUACAGCGGAAAAUAUUCAUUCCGUUCAUUUAUCUAGUGUGGAACUUAGGAGAUUUUCUUGGACGUGUUUGCUGUGGUAAACCAAGAUUGGCGGUUCUUAUCAAGAACCCUAAAGUUUUAUUGAUGUAUUCAAUAGCCAGAUUAAUUUUUAUUCCGUUGUUCUUAACGUGUAAUGUUAAUUCUGCUUCCUCCGGAAAGUCCAAUGCUAUAAUUAAUUCAGAUACAUGGUAUAUAAUGCUACAAUUUUUGUUUGGUUUAUCAAAUGGACAGCUUUGUACCUCAUGCUUUAUGAUUGUGGGCAACAAUUGUGACACAGAUGACGAAAAAGAAGCUGCCGGAGGCUUUACCACAGUAUUUUUAAGUGUAGGAUUAGCAUUUGGUAGUGUUUUUAGUUAUUUGUUGGUCUUAAUGAUCAAUUGA